AACACUCUAUAUAAAGAUAUAAAUCCCCGGUAGACAUCUUGGUUUGCCUACAAGCUAAACCGGAAAUCAGCCUCAUAAACUUUUUCAUAGUAUGCGUGUAAUUUCUCCUCUAAUUUAUUAAAUUUCCCCAAAAACCUCAGUAAGUGUGUCUAUGUAUGCGUGAAAACACGUCAAUUUUUCUCGUUGAAUUCGUCCACAUUACAAAUACAACAAUGUAAACAAAUGGGUUUUGGAGGGUGAUACGUACGAAGGAUUUAUAUCUUUACUAGAGUGUUUUUGCUCCUAUUGACUGACACUCGUUCUCUUCAUGAAAAAUUCGAAUUAAGAAUUUAGUUUCAAAACAAACAAGCGAUUAGACAGAUUCACUUAUGUCUACUAGCUUCCAUACAAAAUUAGUUUUUGGGAAUGAUAAGCUAACCUUUUUCCCUUCAUAUAACUUUAAAGGGAAACAAAGACACUGUCUUCGUCUUUACUCGUGUCGUGCAAUUCGUACUUUCGGUAUUCGGUGUUCGUUCGGGAGGUUCGUUAAUAGAAGUCAGUCAUAUAUGUAGAGCCAAGCUAUAUCCAUCAUAGCGUAGCAUGAUGUUGGUAUAUGUGAGGUAGUGAUAAAUAUGAGUAGAAAUAGGUGUGAAUGUAGAUUGUAGAUACACAUGGGUUAGACAAAUGACAAGAAGUAUAGGUACUAUGGGAUAGGAAAUAUUAUUCUUAAUGAAAUCAAAAUAGGAAUUAGUAUAAUUAGGUACAAUUUUUUGUUUUUUUUCCAUGCAUAUCAUUUUUAAAGUUAUGUAUUUAGGUACUGUAGAGAGUAAAGUAUUGUUUCAAAUCUGAAGGGUAGACACUGUCUAAAAUGUCUUAUUGACGCACCGUCACUGCAAUCCAGGCAGAUUAUAUUAAUCGCCCUCGGAACGGAAACCCAUUCAAAAGGGGAACCAGGUCAGAAGGUUAUGGCCCUACCUAUAAAAAGCAACAGAGGUUGUACAAUACUGAGGUUAUAGAUGAAACCUACGCUGGUGAAUAUCAACGCGCAGCCCAAGAAUGUCGAAGACACAGUAGAGGACACAGUAAAUUUUAUGACGCUUCUACAGCGUUUCAUAUAUAGAAUAUGUUACGCAGGGAGGCACCAAAUUAAAAUUCUUAUUAGACACGGGUGCUAGCAAGAAUUGUAUUAGUCCGUCAAUACACCAAAGCACCCAGUUAACAAAACCAUUCUCUGUACGUUGCGCUGCUGGAAAUAUAGUCGUAAGUAAAAAGGUCUCUGGUAAAUUUUUUGAAAAAGCAGGCAACGACACCAUUUUAACAUUCUAUGUCCUGCCAGGGUUAGUGUCGUCCGAUGGGAUUAUCGGGGACGACACAUUAAAAGAAUUAGAAGCGGUAAUAGACCGAAUAGAGAAUACUCUCACUUUCAAUCCUUCUAUUGUUAUUCCUCUUAAGGCUCGAAUUUCUGCUCAGAUAAAUGCUGUUAUUGAUGAAGCUCUUCCGAAAAGUAUUAGAACGAAAAUUCGUGAUAUGGUUAAUAAAUAUAAAUCAAUUUUUGGACCAAUCGAUACAAACUAAGUAAUAAGAACAAAUGUAAGAGCAGAAAUAAGGACAAAUACAACAGAACCUGUGUAAAGAAAAAGAGAUAAGGAGUCUGCUUGAGGAAGGAACCAUUCGUCCUUCCAAUAGUCCCUACAACUCGCCGAUAUGGGUUGUACCUAAGAAGCCGAAGCCCUCAGGGGAAAAGCAAUAUCGUGUUGUAAUCGACUAUAAACGCCUAAACGUUCUAUGGAUCUGGUUGUGGUUCAAGAAAGACGUGUUUGAUUUGGCUCCAGAGAUACGAACAAAAUUUUCGAAAUAAAAGUGAUUGGAUUGAUUAAAAUUUGGACUUAAGAAGUGUGCCUAAGUAUUGGCUUGAAAAUUGUGAAGUUUGGUUGAAAUUGAAGAUAUUUCACGUGUAUUUUUUUGAAAAAGAAAUUGAAUAUAAUCUUCAAAUCAAUUAAUUUAUAUUUAAACUCCCAGACUAUACGGGACACUUCCAGAAACUCAUCCUAUACGGUGAGUACAUCCAUUACAUCCUCUCCUAUACACAGAAACAAAACAUCAAAAACUAGAACCAUCAUAACAUUUAUUAAAUAGAGAACUCACAACAAAUCCAAUUAAUUAAACUAUUUAAAUCUCGAACUGAUAAAUUAAACAAUUAUUUAAAUACGUUUUUGAAAGGGGAAAAAGAACAAACAAACACUUAAUCAAAACAAAAACCACACUGAACUCUGAUUUAAUAGCAUUUGACAUACGAGCUAUCUGACAUCUGACAGUAGAAAUAAAUCUCUUACCCAUCAGCUUAACGAGCUAAUAGAAUUUAAUCCAGGGCCGGCAUCAAGUAUCAAAAAAAGUACUGCUGAAGUAAAAAAUGGCAACUAUUACUCUGGAAGAUCUUAAAUCCCUUUUAAAACAACAAAAAGAUUAAAUUCUUCAAAACAUUAAUGAGGCCACCGACAGAGUGAUUAAAAAUACGGAUGAGAAAGUAGGAAUCAUUUCAGAAAGAGUGGAUAAGCUGGAGAAAAUCGUAGAAACACAGGGAAAUAUAAUAGAAAAACAAGAAAUUAUGUGUUAUAAACAAGAAAAAAGAAUAGCACAGCUAGAAGUAGGUCUGAGAAAAAAUAAUUUAAUAAUAUUUAAAGUAGAAGAAACUGAAUCAAAUGCAGAUGAGCUCAAAGUACUUGUUAUUUACAUCAUAAAUAAUAGCAACGAAGACUUUCAAAUAACAAUAAAUGACAUUGAAAACUGCUACCGUUUAGGAAAAACUACACAAGAAAAAACGAGACCAAUUCGUCUUACAUUCAAAAGCUACGAACAAAAAAAAAAGAUUCUCCAAACAAAAAAAUCGCUUGUUAAUUACAGUAUCGCAGAGGAUCUCCCUAAAUCCCUUCUUGAGGCUAGAAAACCUCUGGUCCCAAAACUGAUCGAGUACAAAAAACAAGGUAAAAGAGCAUACUUUAAUCUGGAUGAAUUAGUAGUAGACGGAAAAGUUUGGAAAGAAAGCACAGACUACGACUCAGAAAACUCUAGAAAAAGAACCCGCUCUAGAGAAAAUUCGCCCCCGCGACAGUCAAAAGUAACGAACAUCAGCAAAACAAAAACAAAAACAACUAUAAUUGGAUCAACAGAACUGAAUCCAAAAAAACAAGCCAUAAACCCAAUGAGAAAGUUUUUAUCACAGCAGAGUACGAACGAAUAUCUGAACAGAACGCUAUCGCCUAAAAACAACGAAGGUAAGGAGCCCGGUUGCAGCAAUCCAACGACCUCAGAAUAGCAAGUCAUAAAGAAAAUAAAUAAACAUCAAAUCACAAAACAACAACACAAACACCAAGACAUACACCAACAGCAAAAUCAACAACAGCAGCACCAAAAGCAACAACAACACCAACAACAACAACAACAACAACAACAACAACAACAACACCACCACCAACAACAACAACACCAACAACAGCAACAACAACAAAUACAACAACGACAACAACAACAACAGCGGAUAUGGCAACAACAGCAACAGCUACAGCAGCGGAAGCAGCAACAAAAACAACCACAACAACAAAAACAACAACAAAAAACAACAACAACAACAUCAACACCACCAACAACAACACCAACAGCCACACCAAACUCAACAGCAACAACAACAGAAACAGCAACACCAACAACAACAAAACAAACAGCAACAUCAACAGCAACAACAAAAGCAGCAGCAGCAGCCAAGGCAACAUCAACAUCAGUACCACCAACAACAACACCAACUACAAAUACUGCAACAACAACAUUAACAACAUGACCAACAACAGCACCAACAAAAACAACAACAACAACAUCAAUAUCAACACCAACAUCAACAUCAACAUCAACAUCAACAACAACAUCAACAUCAACAUCAACAUCAACAUCAACAUCAACAUCAACAUCAACAUCAACAUCAACAUCAACAUCAACAUCAACAUCAACAUCAACAUCAACAUCAAC